AUGAAUGCAAAUACUUUCUUAACGAAUAUUUCCAGAAGUUUAAGUUCUUUAGAAAAACAAAAUGAUUCAUUAUCAGAAGCAAUUGAUGAAAAUGAAUCUAAACUAGAAGAAAUUCACAAAAGUAUUACAGAUGUUUCAACUUUGAUACAACAGCAAAAUAUUUCUGUCAAUAAUCAAAUCAACUUUAUUAAAGAGGAUAUUAGCCAAUUAAAAUCAGAACAAAAUAAUAUUUUAGAUAAAAUAAAUGAAGUCUUGCUAAAAGUAGAAAACAGCUCGAAUAACCAAAGCAGAUUUUUAACAAAGUCUUGUAGACGAAAAAAAUUUAAAUCAGUCGAUGAUUUACUUGGUUCUAAUUCAGAAUCAGAAGCUGCAAAUGACAAGAAGUUAAAUCCAUAUGAUUUAACUCCUACUUUAGUUGCUCUAAUUCGAAAUAGAAUGAAAGAAAAUGAACAAGAUAGCAAAGAUUCUAAUGAUGAAUCCAUUGAAAAUGAAUUUUCUUUUAAUUAUUCUAAAUCUUUUACUCACAAAGUUAAUCAGAAAGUCCUUAAAGCAUAUUAUUCAUUUUAUAUUAAAGAUUACAAAACACGUGGAGAUAACUUAAAAAAAUCAAAGACUAUAAAAAUUAAUAACCGUCGUAAAAAUAGAACUUUAAAGAAAUUCAAUGCUCGAAAUAAUGCUAUUGAUACGUUUGAUACAGAAAUAUUGGGUCAUCCAAUUAAAGAAGUUAGACGUAAUGACAAGGCUAUAAAAGUGCGUGAUAUUGUUGAUUCUAAGGUUGAACAACAACGUCAAGCAAAGUCACGCAAGGGUUCUGCUAUAUCUCCAAAUAAAGCAAGAUUUCGUCAAUUAUCUUCAUUUAUCCCGGCUUAUCCGACAUCUUUAAAUUUUCUACGUUGGGCUAUUAAAACAUCAUAUGAUUUAAACACUAUCCUUUCUAAUGCAAUUGACUCAGAUUCUGAAUAUGAAGUUCAAAAUAUAUCAAAUCCUACGUCUAGAAUGAAUAUCAAUUCUAAUGAACGCAACCCAGUUAUUAAAUUCGCAGUGAAUGGUGAGGAGCUAUAUGGAUCGGAAAAGAUUGAAGAUACGUUUGGAAACCCACCUAAAAACUAUUACAAUUUUGUCAUUCAAGGAAUUUGUUACUGCUACAAAUGUAAGAGAGGCCUUGAUAGAUCAUUUAAAUUACAUGAAAUUUCUGAUUUUCAUAUAAACAACGUAAACAACGAGAAUGCAGGUGAAAAUGGACCUGAAUAUGGAAACGAGGAUGAAGGAAAUUCCCCACCAACUGAAUCUGAAUUCGUGGGAAAUUCACAAAUACAUUGA